UGAUAAAUAGGUUUGUAUUGUACUUUAAAUUCGUGUUUAGAAUGUUGUUGAUGCUUUAGCGAAAAAUUCAGGCCACUAGAAGCUAUAUGAAAACUAUUAUACUAGUACAACGUUAAAUUACGUAAACAAAACAACAAAAACUAUAAUCCAAUACAACUUCUGUAUCAUAACAAUAAUAGUGUUUGGCAGGAAUUAAAUUCCAAUUCUUAGUAACACAAAAAUAUAGAGUACUAAAAUUUGAGAAUCCGAAUAUAGUUGGGCCUUACCAUGACCUAAAUGAAAUGAAAAAAUAAAAAAUACCAAGAGGAACGCAUUGCUAUUGCUAUCGCUAUCGCUAUCGCUAUCGCUAUCGUCAUAAUCGGUUGGUGCUGACGUCUUUAUUUCCUUCCUCUCCUGCUCCGAUCUCAUCUAGUCUUGCAGAGUUGCAACUUGCAACGUGAAAGAAGCUUUCAUAAUGAUGCGAAAAGCCCCAUCAUUGGUCGACUUGUGUGUUCAUUUGGCCAUAGACAAUGUUAGGUAUCUAGGAGAUGUUGGAGAAACUGACCACCAUCUCUUAGAGCGCAUUUUAUGCCACUGUACACUUGAUCAGCUGAUGCACAUUAAGAAUAGCACAUCAGAUAGAGAUCUUAGCCCAGUCACCGAUAAGUUGUGGAAAAGAUUUUUCAAGGACAGUUUUGGUGAGGAUAGCUUCGAUACUGUCGUUGAGAAGAUGAAGCAGAGAAAAGUAACCUUCAAAUGGAAACAAUUGCUAAACUAAAAGAGAGGGAAGAGGCUACACAAAAAUCUCUUGAUCGCAUAAAGCAGCGAUAUCAUGAAGAAGAUGCAAAAAAAAGAACCAGACAAGUGCAGCUGUGCUCAAAAGUUCCACCUUCUAGCAAGAAACCAAGCUUUUGGGGAGACUGCAAGCAAUAUCUACAACACAAAAAGCAGCAUUAUGAAGAAGUCAAAGCUCGAGUUCAUUAACAGCCGAGAGGUCAAGAAUUUAGCUGCCAUGAAAAAUAAGGUGGUGCACAAGAAUCAUAGAUAUCUGCCACUCUUCAAAUCCACGAAAACCUCAAAUCUCUCCAUAAUCCUGAAAAAGAGGGAUAUAUUUUCAAUUUUGUCAAUUGCCAUCUCCAAAGGUGUAGCUUAUAUAUAUCUCAACUAGUCCAUAUCAGUUUCAAAUCUACAAUUUACAUGUGAAUAUAUAUAUAUAUCCAAACCGUUCUACAAUUUUACCUUUCCUCUAAAUUUUGAGGAAGCAAAAGGAGUAGGGCAGCCGUGAGUUUCCAGAAUUGUUGUUCCACAAAUUUUGAUCCAUCAAAUUAGAGGUAUACUCAAGUCCCACGUUUCUUUCUCCAUGGCAUUUUUCAUAUUCAUGUUAGUUCACUCACAUGAAAUUAAUACAGCACUUUGAAAUCUUUUGAGAGACCUUUUCAAUGUUCAAGCUCUAAUCUUUAAUUUCCCGAUGAAGUGCUUUGGCCCUCUUUGAAUAGUAUAGUUUGCCAAUUCGUUAAUCAACUCUGAAAUUUAAUAAAACUGUGAAAUAAAUAAAAGAUUAGUUUUGAGUGGGAAAAAGGGGAGAGGGACGGAUCUGUCGGGAGAGGCGGCGCCACUCGACUGAGGCGCCGGCGACGGAGAUGCUGAUGCCGACGGAUGCCCGGCGUGAGAGUGACAACUGCGGUGUGUGAACAGAGACAGCAGAAUGAGAGAGAUGGAGCUGCCUGACUUUGUUUUCCCAAUUUGAGAACUAGAGAGAGAGAUGUAAGUCUUUGUCACAGAGAGAGAGAGUUUUGAGAAUGAUAAUACAAAAGUUUUGGAAAAAGAGAUGGGAGUUGAGAUUGUUUCUGUUUUGUGAAUUGUAGAAGAUGAUAGAGAGAGAGGAAAUAGGAGUGGAAUGGCUGUGUACGUGUAGGAAGAGUAGGGAAUAGGAGUAAUAGUUUAUUUGUUUAUUUCUUUUAACUUUUAGUGUGUCUAAGUGUACGUGUGUCGAGGGAGUAUAUACUUUAAAUAAAGUAGUAUUGAGGGAGUAUAUACUUUUAGUUUUGCUUGUCUUUUCAAGAUCAGUGAGGAAUUGGUAACGUACUAGCUAGUAUAUAGAUAUGUGUUGGGCAGGGAGUAUAUACGUGUGGUGUUUGGGAGUAUUAGACCAUCCACAACGCGUCUCGCGCCGGGCUCGCGUCUCGUCUCGGAGAGACGAGACCCCCGCGAGACGC